AAAGAUCCUCUUUUCUCCAAAAAAACCCAUAUUUUCCCAAACUCAACCCAGAUCCACCUUCAUUGAAUCCCCAUUUUAUUUGUUGUUUUAAACCCAGAUAAUUUUCAUCAAAAUAAGGAUACCCAGAUCUUAAAACCCCUAAAAAAAAAUGAAAAACAAGUCCAAAUUAUUCACGAUCGGGCUUGUAACAGCCUGGUACUCGUCCAACAUUGGUGUCUUGUUGUUAAACAAAUAUUUACUAAGCAAUUACGGUUUCAAAUACCCAAUCUUCUUAACCAUGUGUCACAUGACAGCUUGUUCUUUGUUAAGCUAUAUCGCAAUUGCAUGGAUGAAGAUGGUUCCCAUGCAAACCAUUCGAUCUAGGGUUCAGUUUUUUAAGAUCUCGGCUUUGAGUUUGGUAUUUUGUGUGUCGGUGGUGUUUGGGAAUAUUUCUUUGAGGUUCCUGCCGGUUAGUUUUAAUCAGGCCAUUGGUGCUACGACGCCGUUUUUUACGGCGGUUUUCGCUUACUUGAUGACAUUGAAGAGGGAGGCUUGGCUUACUUAUCUUACCCUUGUUCCUGUUGUUACUGGGGUUAUCAUUGCCAGCGGGGGAGAACCAAGUUUCCAUCUAUUUGGUUUCAUCAUGUGCGUUGCAGCUACAGCUGCAAGAGCUCUCAAGUCAGUUUUACAAGGCAUUUUGCUUUCUUCUGAAGGAGAGAAGCUGAAUUCCAUGAACCUUCUUCUCUACAUGGCUCCAAUAGCAGUUGUAUUUCUACUUCCUGCAACACUCAUUAUGGAACAAAACGUGGUUGGUAUUACCCUUGCCCUGGCCAGAGAUGACAUCAAGAUCAUUUGGUAUCUAUUAUUCAAUUCAGCACUAGCAUAUUUUGUGAACUUGACCAACUUUUUGGUCACAAAACACACCAGUGCCUUGACCUUACAGGUUCUAGGAAACGCAAAAGGAGCUGUAGCUGUGGUGGUUUCAAUUCUAAUUUUUAGAAAUCCAGUUUCUGUUACUGGAAUGCUUGGUUAUACACUCACAGUCUUUGGGGUUGUACUCUACAGUGAAGCCAAGAAACGAAGCAAAUGAGACAUCAUCCUAGGAACAUCAUAUAUGUAUGAUCUUCAUAUAUUUUGUUUCCUUUAUUGCGAGGACAGCGACAAUGUUCAAAGAGGCAGGUUUGGGCCUUGUAGUAGCAUAUGAUGCCAUGGAUUUUGCGCCCUAGAUUCUUUUUUUUUUCUCCCCACUGGAAGCCUGGGAAAACCGGUUUUUCAAUUGUAUCGGCAACAGCUGCGGGAUUAGUUAAAAGUUAGAAAACUCCAAUAAGUUAAUGGUUGGUCUCUAUCAUUCCCAGCUUGGGGUUGUAGAGGAAUAUCAUUUUAAUGUUUUUUAUUCUUUCAGGAAAAGGUUGUAGAAUUGGUCUUUACACAGCCAGUCUGUUAUUAACAUUUCUAAUAUUGAUUAAUUAAUGAAAAAAGCCUCAUAAGUUUACCA